AUGGCCGGCCCGGUGUCUGUGAAGGCGGCGUUGGAGGUGGCGGAAGUGCUGGAAACCAUCGUGAGCGGCUGCGUGGGGCCCGAGGGGCGGCAAGUUUUGUGUACGAAGCCCACCGGCGAGGUGCUGCUCAGCCGGGAUGGAGGCCGCCUCCUGCAAGCGCUACACUUAGAGCAUCCCAUAGCCAGGAUGAUGGUGGCAUGUGUUUCCAGUCAUCUAAGAAAAACAGGAGAUGGUGCUAAAACAUUUGUUAUCUUUCUUUGCCAUUUACUCAGAGGACUUCAUGCAGUCACAGACAAAAGAAAGGAUUCUUUGAUUUCCGAAAAUAUUCAAACCCAUGGAAGACAUUGGAAAAAUUGUUGUCAGUGGAAAUUUAUUUCCCAAGCUCUUGUGACGUUUCAGACACAAGUAUUAGACUAUGUUAUGGACCAAUACUUAAGUAGACACUUUUUGUCCAUCUUUUCUUCAUCCACUAAAGAGAGAACAUUGUGUAGGAACUCUUUAGAGUUGCUCUUAGAAGCAUACUUUUGUGGAAGAGUGGGAAGAAAUAAUCACAACUUUAUUUCGCAAUUGAUGUGUGACUACUUUUUCAAGUGUAUGGCUUGUGAAAGUGGGUUUGAAGAAGUAUUUGAGUUAGUGGAUGACUGUUUUGUAGAGUUGAACGUUGGUGUUACAGGCCUUCCUGUUUCAGAUUCCAGGAUCAUGGCUGGGCUUGUGCUUCACAGAGACUUUUCUGUGUACUGUCCAGCAGAUGGUGACAUAAGAACAGUGAUAGUCACAGAAACCGUUCAGCCUGCUUUUUCAACUUCUGGAUCAGAGUUUAUUCUAAAUUCAGAAGCACAGUUUCAGGCAUCUCAGUUUUGGAUUAUGGAAAGGACAAAAGCAAUGAUGAAAUAUUUAGAGAGUCAGAAUGUAAAAUUGCUCCUAUCUAGUGUGAAACAACCAGACUUAGUGAUUUUCUGUGCAAGACUGAAGGGCAUAUCGGUGGUGGAGUGUUUAUCAUCUGGAGAAGUUUCCCUUAUCCAGAGGGUCAUUGGUCUUUCUCCCUUUGUACUCCCACAGGCCUCUUCACAGUUUGAAAUCUCUAACACUGCUUUGGUGAAAUUUUGUAAGCCCCUUGUCCUGAGAGCUAAAAGGUAUGUUCAUCUUGGCUUGAUUAGCACAUGUUCCUUUAUACCACACUGUCUAGUUCUCUGUGGACCAGUGCAGGGUCUUGUUGAACAACAUAAAGAUGCUUUAUAUGGAGCAUUUAAAAUGCUUCGGCAGUUAUUUAAAGACCUGGAUCUAAAUUACGUGACACAAACCAGUGACCAAAAUUAUACCUCAAGUCCUCUUAUUUAUAAGAAUAGUAGAGAAAGUAAUCAGUUACCAGAAGUUGUUAAUGGCUCAAUACAAAGCCCACAUCAGGGCACUAUUGUUAAGAACAGAGAUGAACUGGCAAAAACUCAAACAUAUUUAAAAGUAUAUUCAAAUUUGGUAGUUCCAAGUGUAGAAUUAGAAACACGUAUUCUAUGUUCAACACCAAAAGUGACACCAACGGAUACAUACCAGACAGAUGAAACAUUGAGAUGUUUCUCUCCAAACAAAACUGGGAUAAUUGAUAAUCAUGAGUCAUUUACCGAGAGUAAUUCUGCUAAUUCAACAACAGAAAAUACUAGAAUAGAAAUUUCUUAUGAAAAUUUACAGGUCACAAAAACUGCUGGCAAGGGGAGCAUGUUACCAGUGAGAUAUAAGUCACUGGAGAUAUGUACUUCCCAGAGUUACUGUUUCUCAUCUAUACCAGCAGGGUGUGUUUUGCCAGUGGGUGGUAAUUUUGAGAUCUUGUUACAUUACUAUCUUCUCAACUAUGCCAAAAUAUGCCAGCAAUCAGAAGAAACCAUGGUUAGUAUGAUAAUAGCUAAUGCACUUUUAGGCAUUCCCAAAAUCCUGUAUAAGUCUAAGAAAGGAAAUUACAGCUUCCCACAAAUAUAUAUGAAAGCUCUCCAUGCACUACAAACCAGUCAACCCAUGGUAAGCAGUCAGACAGGUUUGGAAUCAGUAGUUGGUAAAUACCAGUUACUAACUUCAGUUCUUCAGUGUUUGACAAAAAUUUUAACCAUUGAUUUGGUAAUCAAUAUUAAGAGACAGCCUCAGGAAAUUUAUGAUCAAGAUUCAGAAGAGGAACUAUAGAACUGAAAGUUUUUUAUUAACCAAAGUUUUAAUCCAACUCAAGCCAUAAAGUAAAGCAGGCACAUGACCAGUGAUUCUCAUGUCAGUUCAGUCUAGUUAGGAAAACAGGAUAACUUAAAAAGUCUUUGGAAGAAGAACACUAAAAGGUCACUAGACAUUCAGACACAGAUAUUAGACUACGUUAUGGAACA